UGCACAUGUUGAUUCUGAUUGGUUCUAACAUGCAAAUGCUGUAUAACUUCUUAAAGCACGUUAAAAGCGGACACGUGCUGAUGAAAACUGUAUAAAAACGGUUCGUGCAUUUAUAUAUGUAUAUAUAUACAUUAAUGUAUACAUAUCGUAAUUUAUAAAAUAUGAUAAAUGUACAUUAAAAUACAAAUAUGAUACAUGACCAAGAAAAAGGAAGAAAUUGUGAAGUCUCUUGAUGGAUGUAUAAAAAAAGAUGUGCAGUAUCUUAAGAAGCGGUAAAGGAGAAAAUAUUUUAUACGUGAAUUUAAUUCUGAAUUAAUAUUGCACGAGAUUAAUUUUCUUGAAAAAAUUUAUCGAACGAAUAGAAUAUGUUUUCUUUAAAAUUGAUUACCAUUUCAAAAUCAAAAAUAUUUAUGGAUCAUGUAAUCAAUUAUUGUGGAAAACGAUGUUUAUGGACAUUGACAAUAGAUCAUUGUAUAAAUAUAAAAAGCAACAGAAGCCUUUCACAUUUGGUAAACUAUAGUAAAAAAUUCGAUUCAGAAGUUCCACAGAAGGAUUACAAUGUUUUUGGAAAUAUUUCGUAUGAUAAAUAUGAAACAGUCGAGAUGGACGAAGAUGAGAAAAAGGAAGAAAUUUUUGCAGAAAGUGCUAAAAUUCCUAAAUAUGAACGAUUAAAUUAUCAAGAUUGCAUAAGACUGAUUAAAUCAUAUAUGUCGCAGAAAAAUCUAGAAUUAGCAUUAGGCGUAUUAGAUGUAAUGAAAGAAAACAGCGUUAAGCCAAAUUUAUUUGUAUAUAGACUUUUAAUCUCAGCAUUUGCAGUUCAAGGAGAUAUAACACAAUGUUUUAAAUUAUUUAAAAAACUUAAAGACAGUGGUUUGAAACCUUCGCCUCAUGUAUAUACUUCUUUAAUUGAAGCUUGUGCUAAAUCUAAGAAUAAAGAACUUGCUUUGGAUCGUUUGCAAUUUUUAAGAACAUAUUGUUAUCAGAGAAAGAUACAUUUAAAUGUAAUGCAAUACUGUGCUCUUAUCAAAGCUUAUGGUCAUCAUAAAGAGACUAAGAUUGCUUUUGAGGUAGCAGACGAAGCACGAGAUAAUAAGUGCGAUCUUUCCAGUAGUAUGAUCGCUUCCUUGUUUCAUGCGGCGAUAGGUGAUACAAAGUCUGGAUUAAAAUAUGCUUUAACUUUGUGGCACACAAUGAAGAAAAAUAAAAUGAAGAUAUCCAUAUAUCAUUAUAAUCUUAUUUUGAGAGCAAUACAGUGUACAAAGUUUGGAAAUUUAAAGACAAGCGAUGUUUUAUUGUCAGGAUCAUACGAUACUCGAAUUCAAUUUAAGGAUGUAGAAAGAUCAGAUCUAUUAGAUUCACCGCCAGUAAUAAGUAUUUCGUGUCUUACGUCGCUUAAAGAAUCGAGCAACAUGCCGCAUCCUAAUACCAAUGAAAUAGAUAUAGUUCAUAGCGUUGAAUCAUUAUCGCUAUAUUUAGAUAAUGUAUUGGAAACAAAUCAGUUAUUUUUAUUCGGUGGAGCUGAAAAAUUUUUGAAUCGAAUGAAAGAAAAUGGUGUGCAGCCUGAUGUAAAAACGCUGACGUUAAUUUUAGAUUUACUUCCUUCUUCGUUGGAAGCAGAAAAUAAGUUUCUUAAGUACAUAAAGCGGAAUUUUCUGGAUGUAGAUAUUGUAUUCUUUAACAUGCUCAUUAAAAAGAGAUGUAUGAGAAACUGUUACGAAGAUGCUAAAUCUACUCUUCGUGAGAUACAAAGAUAUCACCUUGAGCCUAACGUCGUGACAUUUGGGUCAUUGGCUAUUGGAUGUAAGAAUUUUAGGAAUGGAGCAGAAUUGUUGGAACAAAUGGAUAAUAUUGGUUACGUGGCGAACAAUAUAAUUUUAGAAACGUUAUUAUUGCACGCGUGUAGCAAAAUAAGUUUCUCUUAUAUUUCAUAUUUAAUGGCGUAUAUAUCGAAUAAUCAAAUUAAACCGUCGAAAGCAAUGUUAGAAAUGUUAGAUGAAUUCGAAACAAGAGUAUUAAAACGUUUAAAUAAUCAGGUUGAACGCAGUUCUGAACGAAAUUUUGUCUCUAAAGCGGCUUAUAAUAAAUUUAAAAUAAAGUAUGACAUUUGGAAGGAAAAGUUAGAAAUGUCUGAAAAUUAAUAAAAUAUUGAA